CGGGCACGGUCACACCCAGCGCGCCUCCGCCGCUGUCGCUGCCCCUGCCGCGCCCGGGAAGCGCUACGCCGCCCGCGGAGAGGCUUCGCCCGGAAAAUCUCGCUCCUGCAGCCAUGUCCACCGCGGACGAAGUCGACGGGCUGGGGGUGGUCCGCCCGCACUAUGGCUCUGUCUUGGAUAAUGAAAGGCUCACUGCAGAGGAGAUGGAUGAGAGGAGACGUCAGAAUGUGGCUUAUGAGUACCUUUGUCACCUAGAGGAAGCAAAGAGGUGGAUGGAGGCUUGUCUCAGUGAAGAGCUGCCUCCUACUACAGAACUGGAAGAAGGCCUAAGGAAUGGGGUUUACCUUGCUAAACUUGGAAACUUCUUCUCUCCCAAAGUGGUAUCCUUGAAGAAGAUUUAUGAUCGGGAGCAGACCAGAUACAAGGCAACUGGCCUUCACUUUCGGCAUACCGAUAACGUGAUUCAGUGGCUGAAUGCAAUGUCUGAGAUUGGGCUGCCUAAGAUUUUUUAUCCUGAAACCACAGACAUCUAUGAUCGAAAGAAUAUGCCACGCUGUAUCUACUGUAUCCAUGCACUCAGCUUGUACCUGUUCAAACUGGGGCUGGCUCCCCAGAUUCAAGACCUGUAUGGCAAAGUUGACUUCACAGAGGAAGAAAUUAACAACAUGAAGAGUGAGCUGGAGAAGUAUGGGAUUCAGAUGCCUGCCUUCAGUAAAAUAGGGGGAAUUCUGGCAAAUGAGCUCUCUGUGGAUGAAGCAGCAUUGCAUGCUGCUGUUAUUGCCAUCAACGAAGCCAUUGAACAUAGAGUUCCUGCUGAGACUUUUAGUGCUUUGAAAAACCCUAAUGCUAUGCUGGUGAAUCUUGAAGAGCCAUUGGCUUCCACUUACCAGGAUAUACUUUACCAGGCCAAGCAUGACAAGAUGGCAAAUGCGAAAAACAGGACGGAAGACUCUGAAAGAGAGAGGGAUGUUUAUGAGGAGUUGUUGACUCAGGCGGAAAUUCAGGGAAAUAUAAAUAAAGUCAAUACGUAUUCUUCAUUAGCCAACGUGGACCUGGCUUUAGAACAGGGAGACCCAUUGGCCUUAUACCAGGCACUGGUGGCCCCAGCUCUGGGCCUCCGAGCACUGCAGCAGGACAACUGUGAUUGGUACUUCAAGCAGCUUCUGAAUGAGAAGCAGCAGAAGAAGCAGAGUGGAGUGAUUGGUCCAUUGCAGAAGGAGGACCUGCAGGCUGGAGUGGAUGCUGCUAACCGUGCUGCCCUGCAAUAUCAGAGAAGGUUGGCAGCAGUGACUUCAAUUAAUGCUGCAAUCCGAAGGGGUAUUGCUGAGAAGACUGUGUCGGAGUUGAUGAAUCCGGAGGCCCAGUUACCUCAGGUCUAUCCUUUUGCUGCUGAACUUUACCAGAAGGAGCUGGCUACUCUGCAGCAGCAGAGCCCUGAUCAUAACCUCACCCAUCCUGAACUCUCAGUUGCAGUUGAGAUGUUGUCAUCAGUGGCCUUAAUCAAUAGGGCUUUGGAAUCAGGAGAUAGAAAUACUGUCUGGAAACAGCUGAGCAGUUCAGUUACGGGCCUUACUAACAUUGAAGAAGAAAAUUCCCAGAGGUAUAUUGAUGAACUGAUGAAGCUGAAAGCCCAGGCACAUGCAGAGAAUAAUGAGUUUAUUACAUGGAAUGACAUUCAGGCUUCUGUGGACCUUGUGAACAUGAUGGUGCAAGAGGAAAAUGAGCGAAUUUUAGCAAUCGGCUUAAUUAAUGAAGCACUGGAUGAAGGAGAUGCCAGAAAGACCCUGAAAGCCUUGCAGCUUCCUUCAGUGAAACUGGAGGGAGUGCACACUCAAGUUGCCCAGCAUUACCAAGAUACACUGAUUAGAGCAAAGCGGGAAAAGGCUCAGGAAAUUCAGGAUGAAUCAGCUGUGUUAUGGCUGGAUGAAAUUCAGGGUGGGAUCUGGCAGGCGAACAAAGAUACAGAAGAGGCACAAAAAUUUGCCUUAGGAGUCUUGGCUAUUAAUGAAGCAGUGGAUGCUGGUGACAUGGGCCACACCCUUGUUGCCCUUCGCUCUGCUGAUGUUGGCUUGUAUGGAGUUACUCCUGAAUGUGCUGAAUCCUAUCAGAGAGACCUUGAAGAUUUAAAGAAGAAAAAGCUUGCAGCAGGUGACAAUAAUAGCAAGUGGGUGAAGCACUGGGUGAAAGGCGGGUAUCAUUAUUACCACAACGUGGAGACCAGAGAAGGCGGAUGGGAUGAGCCUCCGGGCUUUGUGCAAAAUACAACCCAUCUCUCUCGGGAGGAGAUCCAGAGUUCCAUCUCUGGGGUGACAGCCGCCUACAACCGGGAACAAUUGUGGCUGGCCAAUGAGAGCCUAAUCACCAAGCUUCAGGCAGCGUGUCGUGGGUACCUCGUUCGUCAGGAUUUCAGGUCCCGGAUGAAUUUCCUCAAGAAACAAGUCCCUGCCAUCAUUUGCAUCCAGUCUCAGUGGCGGGGGUACAAGCAAAAGAAGGCAUAUCAAGAUCGUUUAGGAUACCUGCGCUCACAUAAAGAUGAAGUUAUAAAGAUUCAGUCCCUGGCAAGAAUGCAUCAGGCUAGAAAGCGUUAUAAAGACAGGUUGCAGUAUUUCAGAGACCAUAUAAAAGACAUAAUAAAAAUCCAGGCCUUUAUUCGGGCAAACAAAGCUCGGGAUGACUACAAAACACUCAUCAAUGCUGAGGAUCCCCCUAUGGUGGUUGUCCGAAAGUUCGUCCAUCUUUUGGAUCAGAAUGAUCAGGAUUUUCAAGAGGAACUUGAUCUCAUGAAGAUGAGGGAAGAGGUUGUGACCCUUAUCCGAUCCAAUCAACAGUUGGAAAAUGACCUGAAUCUCAUGGAUAUCAAGAUUGGACUACUAGUGAAAAAUAAAAUCACAUUACAGGAUGUGGUUUCCCAUAGCAAGAAACUUACCAAGAAGAAUAAGGAGCAGUUGUCUGACAUGAUGAUGUUGAACAAGCAGAGGGGCGGGCUUAAGGCUCUGAGCAAAGAGAAGAGAGAGAAGUUGGAAGCUUAUCAGCACCUGUUUUAUCUGUUGCAGACCAACCCUACCUAUCUAGCCAAGCUGAUUUUUCAGAUGCCCCAGAACAAGUCCACGAAGUUCAUGGAUUCUGUGAUCUUCACAUUGUACAACUAUGCCUCCAACCAGCGAGAGGAGUACCUGCUGCUGCGUCUCUUUAAGACAGCCCUCCAGGAGGAGAUCAAAUCAAAGGUAGACCAGAUUCAAGAGAUUGUGACUGGAAAUCCUACUGUUAUUAAAAUGGUUGUGAGUUUCAACCGAGGAGCUCGAGGCCAGAAUGCCUUGCGGCAGAUCCUGGCCCCUGUCGUGAAGGAGAUUAUGGAUGACAAAUCUCUUAACAUCAAAACUGACCCUGUGGAUAUUUACAAGUCUUGGGUCAAUCAGAUGGAGUCUCAAACAGGAGAAGCAAGCAAACUGCCAUAUGAUGUGACCCCUGAGCAGGCACUGUCUCAUGAAGAGGUAAAGACUCGACUUGACUCCUCCAUUAGGAACAUGAGGGCAGUGACCGACAAAUUCCUCUCUGCUAUAGUCGCCUCUGUGGACAAAAUCCCUUAUGGGAUGCGCUUCAUUGCCAAGGUUCUGAAGGAUUCACUGCAUGAGAAGUUCCCUGAUGCUGGUGAGGAUGAGCUCCUAAAGAUUAUUGGUAACCUGCUCUACUACCGCUAUAUGAACCCAGCCAUCGUGGCUCCUGAUGCUUUUGACAUCAUUGACCUGUCAGCAGGAGGCCAGCUCACCACAGACCAACGAAGAAACCUGGGCUCUAUUGCAAAGAUGCUCCAACAUGCAGCCUCCAAUAAAAUGUUCUUGGGAGAUAAUUCUCACCUAAGCAUAAUUAAUGAAUAUCUCUCUCAUUCCUACCAGAAGUUCAGACGCUUUUUUCAAACUGCAUGUGAUGUGCCAGAGCUGCAGGAUAAAUUUAAUGUGGAUGAGUAUUCUGACUUAGUGACUGUCACCAAACCAGUUAUCUACAUUUCUAUUGGUGAAAUCAUCAAUACCCACACAUUGCUUUUAGAUCAUCAGGAUGCCAUUGCUCCUGAACAUAAUGAUCCCAUCCAUGAGCUACUGGAUGAUCUUGGGGAAGUGCCUACUAUUGAGUCCCUCAUCGGGGAAGGGUCUGGCAAUUUAAAUGACCCAAAUAAGGAGGUGCUGGCUAAGACAGAAGUCUCUCUCACACUGACAAACAAGUUUGAUGUGCCUGGAGAUGAAAAUUCAGAAAUGGAUGCUCGGACUAUCUUGCUCAAUACAAAGCAUUUAAUUGUGGAUGUCAUCCGGUUCCAGCCAGGAGAGACGCUAACUGAGAUCCUUGAAACACCUACCACCAAUGAACAGGAAGCAGAACAUCAAAGAGCCAUGCAGAAGCGAGCCAUCCGUGAUGCCAAAACCCCUGACAAGAUGAAAAAAGCCAAAUCUGUCAAAGAGGACAGUAACCUGAGCCUCCAGGAGAAGAAGGAGAAGAUCCAGUUGGGUUUAAAGAAGCUGGUAGAGCUUGGGACGGUGAAUCCAAACAACAAAUACCAGGAGCUGAUCAACGAUAUUGCCAAGGACAUCCGGAAUCAGCGGAGGUAUCGACAGAGGAGAAAAGCGGAGCUGGUCAAACUGCAGCAGACUUAUAAUGCUCUGAACUCCAAGGCCUCGUUUUAUGGCGAGCAAGUGGACUAUUAUAAGAGCUACAUCAAAACCUGCUUGGAUAACUUGGCUAGCAAGGGCAAGGUGUCUAAGAAGCCAAGAGAGAUGAAAGGAAAGAAAAGCAAAAAGAUUUCCCUAAAAUACACAGCUGCACGACUGCAUGAGAAGGGAGUCCUUCUGGAAAUUGAGGACCUUCAAGUGAAUCAGUUCAAAAAUGUGAUAUUUGAAAUCAGCCCAACAGAGGAAGUUGGAGACUUUGAAGUGAAAGCCAAAUUUAUGGGGGUUCAGAUGGAGACUUUCAUGUUACAUUAUCAGGAUCUGUUACAGCUGCAAUACGAAGGGGUUGCUGUCAUGAAACUAUUUGAUAGAGCGAAAGUCAAUGUCAACCUCCUGAUUUUCCUGCUCAACAAGAAAUUCUAUGGGAAAUAAUUGUAGGUCAGCCACAUCUGCUGAGGGCAAGAAGACCACGGGGGAAGGAGCACCAUGUGAUGGCCUUCUAAUGUGCUUCACCCAUUGAAGCCAGAGAUACUCCCAAUGCCAAACUGCAUCUCCUCCCGUUUUGGGACCUUCUCUUGCUCCCUUCUCACAGUGAAUUAAUAACUCAGGCUUCUGCUCACCUUUUUGGGUUACUUCAUUUUCUUCUCUGUCAUUUGACACCCAAGGAAAAAGUGGAAACUCAGUCCACUAAAAACCUUUUCCCAUAGGCUGUUACAGGCUCAGUGGUUACUUGGAUAUAUUUUGAGCUUUGGGAUCUUCCUUUAAUUAGAAAUGUGAAUGGUAGGGUUCUUGUUACUUAUGUAGAUAGACGAUAUUGGCACCAAUUAGAAAAAAACAUAACCUUUAUGGACAUGAAUACAUGUAGCCUUGUCCAUGUCAGAUUACAUAAGCAGAGACCAAUUAAUGGUUCAGAUUGUAAUCGUUAAGAGACUGGUUUGAAGCUAAAUUGGGUCUUUUGUUCUCCAAGUAAGACAUAAUGCUAUGGGAAAUGUGUUCGCAUUUGAUCUUUGCCAUCUUGGUUCCCUCUGUGCAGUAGCCUUUGUUCUGCCCAGGGAGAAGAGCUUCUGAGUGGAGCAUACAUGUAGGUCCAUUUUUAUGGAAGGAUUCAGUUGAUGAAAAAUUUGUGCAUUCAGGAAUGGACCAAGCUCCCUGUUAGGUUACCUGCCGCCUUCUUCUGUGAUGGUGCCCACCCAGGGACACAGGAUUAGGCCAAUUUAGGAAGGCAUCCCACCCAAUCCCUUAAUGAAUGGUUUUAGAUCUAACAUUAAGCAUCCUAACUAGAUUCAUUAUUUUGGUUUGUUGCUUUAAGGUGCCUUAUUAACAUAGAUUAAUCUGUCUCAGUUCUUAAGGGAUUUCUUUAUGGUUGCUUGCCUGCAGAUGAAAAUAUAUUUUGUGGUUUUUUUAUUAAUAAAAUAGGGGGAAUAGGGUAUUUUAAAGAUUUAUAUAAUGCUUCAGAAGCCUUUAGAGUGCUAUAAGAAGAGGAAUUUUUAAUAAUAAAAUAAAACUAGCUUAUCUGUAUAUCUGAACUCUUAGAAAUGUCUUAUAGCCACAACACUAUAAGGACUCAUCUGCAGAGUUGCAGAGGGACAGCCCUGCCUUACUGUAAAUUGAACCAAAACAAAAAUAUAUUUGAUCAGCACAUACUGUAUUCUAAGCCCUGAUUCUUGUACCAGUUUCUCCUUUGUCUGUUUUUGCUGACUCCAUUAGUAUCUUUAACUAUGAACCCUGCUUUUAAGAGGCUUUAGUCCUAAAAAUUAAGCCUUGACAAAGCAUGGAUGGAUGAGACAUCUAUCUGGGAAUAAUACAUGUCAUAUACUUUAAAAAAAAAAAACAAGCAGCAAACAUCCAGUCUUUAGGAAUACUUACUAAAAUCAUGCCAUUUUCUCCUAUUGUUUUGGUUCAGCGUUCCUUAAGUAUAAAACUAUCUCUCGCCCAAUUUAAACAACAUUUUAAAGCACACAUAAACCCUCCACUGAAACCAUUUAUAUCAGCAUUUUGAAAUUGGUUGAUGCAUUUUUCCAGCGAAGCACGUUAAGAAAUAGCCAUUGGUAACUAGCUGUGUACCAUAUUCUUGUUGCAGUUGUAAAUACCGGAGAAUUAUUUUUUAGUAUGGACUCUCCUCAGUCAGUUACACAGGAUUGAUGACAUGUAUGUUACUCAAUGCUUUGUACAUUCUAGGACAUCUAAGAGGUGGAGGAUUUAGGCAAGGAAAAAUUUCACCAUAGAACUAGAGAAGGAAUAAAGUGUAAUAACUCAUGGGAAUUCUCCACUGCCAUGACUUAGGGACUCUCUUGAAUUAAUUUUUUUUUUCUGUAAAUGCAUUUUUUUUGGAAAACAAAGUAAAUUAAAGAUUGCAGUAAUAGCUUCAAAAACUGGGACCAAAGAUCCAGUCUUUUUAAGAAAAGGAUACUACUUUCCUUUGGGCCCCACCCUGAACCAGGCAUUGCAGUGAUGACCGAAGUCUUCAAGGGGCUAUCAUAGGGACACUUAGGUUUUUUGUAAAAAUUACCUAUUCGCUGAAUAUAAUCUCUGAUGCAAGGCAUUAAGUAUGAAAUCUUUAGAGUUAAAGAAUUUUUAUGGGGAUAAAUUUGAAGCAAUUUUUUUAAUACAUUAGAGAAAACGGAUAUAUUUUCAUUCUGAACAUUGGAACUUUGUAGCUUUUAUUACUGGUUUAUUUAUUAGUAAUAGGAUUCUUCCAGCUUCUUUCUCCCUCUUAGGCCACCUCUCCUUGCCAGCCAUCAUGACAUUUGUUGCCAGUUUAUUUACUCCCAGGAAUUUGGGCUGCUUGUUCCAUUUAUUGGCACAAAAAAAUUGUCUUUUGUAUCUCUCAACGAAAUAAAAGGUCAUUUGUUCAUGUUA